CCCGUCUUUCCCGCGCCGCCGCCUAUAUAACCACGCUUGACACCGCGCCGCGCCGCGUCGGACGCCGAGCAGAGCCGCAUCCAAGAAGCAGAGCACGCCGAUCCCCUGCCCCGGUGGUUCCGAGGGAAAACAAAGCAAUGCCGCGCGCUCCCAUCGCCACGCUGCUCUCGCUCAGCCGGAGGGGCUACGCCGCGGCGGCGGCCGGAGCGGAGGUGCACCAGCGCGCGGCGCCGGCGGGGGCGAUGGCGGCGAGGGUCUCGGGCACGGGGGUUGGCAGUAACGCGGCGGCGGCGGCGGCGUCCAGGGACGUCUUCUGGAUGAGGGACCCGCAGACGGGGUGCUGGGCCCCCGAGGACCGCUUCGCCGACAUCGACGCGGCCGAGCUCCGCGCGCGCCUGCUCGCCAGGAAGGACUAGGGAGGACCUCGUCCUUUCGGUUGAUAAUAUCCAUUACACCCAUUGACGAUUCAAACUUGAUGAAGCCGAGUAAUAGAAUAGCCUCCAUUUGCUACAAUUCUGUUGCUCCAGCUCCGAACCAAUUGAAACAAUCGAAACAGUGAAAUGUCAGGCAGUAGAGAUGCUCCUAAAAUGCUCCUGUUAUAUCUGGAAUCCUAAUUUCUUUUAUUUCUCUACUAAGAUUUGUGUUGUUAUCCUUCAUGAAAAGGACAUGCUCAACAAUGUUAAGUUGCUUUGUGAUAAUUUGAAUUAGGGAGGAUAAUUAAUCA